ACAACCUGAACUCUCUCUCUCUCUGGCUCUCUCUCUCGCAGUACUCAACAAUGGCGGCCACUUUUUUUACACCAUCGCUUUCUACACCAUCCAUUUCUUCUUCAUCAUCGUCUAAAGUUGAAACUAAAACCUUUGGAUUCAAUCUGGGGUUUAUAUCGUCCUCUUCACCCAAUCUAGAGUCCCUGAUUUAUCGGGUACGCACCAACAAUGCCUCGUCAAGCGGACGCUCGUCGCUCUCGGCUCGAAUGGUCUCGGCCCCUUCCCUGACUCCCACGACGUCACUUAACUUCGAUAGCUCCGUGUUCAGGAAGGAGAAGGUCUCUCUCGCUGGCCACGACGAGUACAUUGUAAGAGGAGGGCGGGAUUUGUUUCAUCUGUUGCCUGAUGCAUUCAAGCCUGAUGCAUUCAAGAGGAUUAAACAGAUUGGAGUAAUUGGCUGGGGUUCCCAGGGACCUGCCCAAGCACAGAAUUUGAGGGACUCUCUUGCAGAGGCAAAAUCUGAUAUUGUGGUGAAGAUUGGACUGAGGAAGGGCUCUCGGUCAUUUGCUGAAGCUCGUGCUGCAGGAUUCACUGAGGAGACUGGAAGUCUGGGUGAUAUUUGGGAAACUGUUGCAGGCAGUGAUCUUGUGCUGUUACUGAUAUCCGAUGCAGCACAGGCAGAUAAUUAUAAGGAAGUCUUCUCCCGCAUGAAACCAAACAGAUAAUUACAGGCAGAUAAUUAUGUGCUCAGGCAGAUAAUUAUUGGUUCUGUUUGCCCCAAGGGGAUGGGGCCUUCUGUAAGGAGACUCUAUGUUCAAGGGAAAGAGAUAAAUGGCGCUGGAAUAAAUUCCAGUUUUGCUGUUCACCAGGAUGUUGAUGGUAGAGCUACAGAUGUUGCAUUGGGAUGGUCAGUUGCACUUGGUUCUCCUUUUACUUUUGCCACUACACUAGAGCAGGAGUAUAGGAGUGACAUUUUUGGGGAGAGAGGUAUUUUGCUCGGUGCUGUUCAUGGAGUUGUUGAGUCCUUGUUUAGGAGAUACACCGAGAAUGGAAUGAGUGAAGAUCUGGCCUACAAGAAUACUGUUGAGUGCAUAACAGGCAUAAUAUCAAAGACCAUUUCAACAAAGGGUAUGUUGGCUGUGUACAACUCAUUGUCAGAAGAUGGCAAAAAGGAAUUUCACUCUGCAUAUAGUGCUGCAUAUUAUCCUUGUAUGGACAUCUUGUACGAGUGUUAUGAAGAUGUUGCUACUGGGAGUGAGAUUCGAAGUGUUGUUUUGGCAGGACGUCGAUUUUAUGAAAAGGAAGGGUUACCAGCAUUCCCAAUGGGCAAGAUAGAUCAAACACGGAUGUGGAAAGUUGGUGAGCGUGUCCGAGCAACACGACCUGGAGGUGACUUGGGCCCAUUGUAUCCUUUCACUGCUGGGGUUUUUGUGGCACUGAUGAUGGCUCAGAUUGAGGUCUUGAGGAAGAAGGGGCACUCAUAUUCAGAAAUCAUUAAUGAAAGUGUGAUUGAAGCGGUUGAUUCUCUAAACCCUUUCAUGCAUGCUAGGGGAGUCUCAUUCAUGGUUGAUAACUGUUCUACGACAGCACGGUUAGGAGCAAGAAAGUGGGCCCCGCGUUUCGACUACAUUCUUACUCAACAGGCUCUGGUGUCAGUGGAUGCGAGAGCUCCCAUCAACCAGGACCUAAUUAGCAACUUCCUGUCUGAUCCUGUUCAUGGAGCUAUUGAAGUCUGUGCGCAAUUAAGACCAACUGUUGACAUUUCAGUUCCUGCAGAUGCUGAUUUCGUCCGCCCUGAGCUGCGCCAUUCUAGCAGUUAGAGUUCAGGAGAUCUGCUAGAAUGAGAAGUACGUUUUAUGAAGUCCAGCAGUUUUGAGUUUGUUUUUUUGCCUAGCUGGAAGAAACAUUUCUCGUUGGGACAAUGAAAGUCUGAAUCAUUGUUCUUAAUUAGACGGUGCAAGCGUGAGCAUGUCCUUUCAUUUUGGUCGAUUUUAUUUUUAUUCUUGUUUAUCUGGAAUUCUGUUAAACUCAUAAGAUGGUGGAUAUUUGUGGUGAUCAUAUUUCUUUUGC